AUGCUGCGCUUCCUGGUGUUCGCAACCCUGGUCCUUUAUGGACACAGCACCCAGGACUUUCCGGAAACCAACGCCCGCGUAGUGGGAGGGACUGAGGCCAGGAGGAAUUCAUGGCCCUCUCAGAUUUCCCUCCAGUACCUGUCUGGAGGUUCCUGGUAUCACACCUGCGGAGGGACCCUCAUCAGACAGAACUGGGUGAUGACAGCUGCUCACUGCGUGGAUUCCCCGAAGACUUUCCGCGUGGUGGUUGGAGACCAUAACCUGAGCCAGAACGAUGGCACCGAGCAGUACGUGAGUGUACAGAAGAUCGUGGUGCAUCCAAACUGGAACAGCAAUAACGUGGCUGCCGGCUAUGACAUCGCCCUGCUGCGCCUGGCCCAGAGCGUUACCCUCAAUAGCUAUGUCCAGCUGGGUGUUCUGCCCCAGGAGGGAGCCAUCCUGGCUAACGACAGUCCCUGCUACAUCACAGGCUGGGGCAGGACCAAGACCAAUGGGCAGCUGGCCCAGACCCUGCAGCAGGCUUAUCUGCCCUCUGUGGACUACGCCAUCUGCUCCAGCUCCUCCUACUGGGGCUCCACUGUGAAGAACACCAUGGUGUGUGCUGGUGGAGAUGGAGUUCACUCCGGAUGCCAGGGUGAUUCUGGGGGUCCCCUCCAUUGCUUGGUGAAUGGCAAGUAUUCUGUCCACGGAGUGACCAGCUUUGUGUCCAAGCAGGGUUGUAAUGUCUCCAGGAAGCCUACAGUCUUCACCCGGGUCUCUGCUUACAUUUCCUGGAUAAAUAAAACCAUUGCCUCCAACUGA